AUGUCAUCUCGCCCGCAGUUCUUUCAUCUUCCCAACUCUGCAUCGUGUCGUAUACUCGACCGCUUCAGUGACCUUCCCGACGAUGCGGGAGUCGAAGAAGAUGAGGAUGGCAAAAUACCAUUUUGGCCGCUACUGAAAACACCUUCUCUUGACUAUGGGUUUCUGAAAGGGUUUCUUGAACAACGAGGCGAAGCUGAUAUACUUGAUAAAAUAUGGCCAAAGAUUCGCGAUGUUGCACUCGAUUUGCCUACCUACUUUCCUGAUGGAGAGCUUGGAUUGCUUCAGCCGGGACAUCCACUUCAUCUAAGUCGUGGGCAAGUUGCUUGUCUUGUGGCACAUCAAUUCCUCUGCUCAUUUACACCUCAAAAAAACGACGACGGAUAUCAAGAUCUGGGCAUAUGGUUCUCAUCCGAGCAGCGGCAUCCUACCGCAGUACAGAUGUACUUGGAAGCGUUGUUUGCAUACUUUCAGAGUACACCUGAAGCAAGCGCUCUUCUGGAAGAUCAUCAAGUUACACCUAAAAGUAAUCACUGUUCUGUCUCAUACGAACUUCAUCCAGGAAAGCCAGUCUCACUAGAGGCUGCGAAGUUAGCCAAGCUACAGGUGAACUUCCUGGACACUCACACAUCAAAUACGCAUAACCCAGAAGUUCAAGGUGAAGGAGGAGGAGCUGUUGUAUCAUCCAACAAGGUCAUCGGGUUUGGUCAAUCCGCCACACAAGAAGAAAUCUUUGUCGGGAUUGCUCCUGAAGCUUAUCCCGUGGUCCUGGUUGCGCCUCAUCUCACAGACGACACAGUCAUCUCUGUUUCUGGAGCGAGAGCGAUGAUUGAUAUGAAAGGCCAAAGGCGUAAUAUUGAAUGGACUAUACGUCCCACGCCGCCAACAGAAGACUUCGCAGGUUGGAAGGAAUCAUGGAAGGGAGGACAUCUUGUCUUCAUGGACGCUUUGGAGAUGGACAUGCUCGACCACUCGGGGAACGAUGGGUUACCCGACUUAUCUCAUGGGAACAUUGAUCGCGAAAUCAAUAAAGCAGCAAAUGGGUUUUCAUCCUACAAAGGAAACUCCGUCUUUACUGGGCUCUGGGGCUGUGGCGCCUUCGGGGGUGACCCAGGGGUGAAGCUCCUGAUACUAUGGCUCGCAGCAGGGGCAGCAGAUGUUGAGUUGAAUAUAAUGCUUGGAUCCGGAGAACACGACCUGGGAAGGAAACUGGAAGAGAUAGUCAGGGCUUGCCAAGAUUUGACAGCAACUGACGUGCGUGAGCUGCUAUCAAGAGUUCCCCGAGAUUUGAGGGGUGAAAGAAUAUUGGGAUGGGUUGCGAACGAGGCUUCAGGGUCUCGGUAA